AUGAAAACAACAACAAAUACUAUCAAUUGUAUUACUACUACAACGUUAACAGCAACAACUUUAUACAAUGGCCAUCAACAUCAGAAUACAAUAAUACACGUCAACCGAAAAAACCACUUAUACCAGGCCAAUACAACACAGCAGCAAAUACUUAUUCACAUAAACAAACAACCCAGCAAGGGCAUUCUAUCGUACAGCAUACCAAAGGGCGUACAACGUGGCAUGGAAAUCGAUUUAUCAGAUAAAUCUUAUGAUGGUCAUGAAGAGGAUGAACGUUUUGUUGAAGGUUUAGGUCAACUGGUUGAUGGUCAAAAGGGCAAAGAUAAUUUUCGUUUAGAUCAAGGUUUUGGCAAAGGUUACGAAUGGGUGGGUUGGCGCAAUGACACCGCCAAUUUGCAAGGACGUCCCGUCGAAAUAACUUUUGAAUUUGAUGGCGUGAGGAAUUUUAGUGCUGUGGUUAUACAUACAAAUAAUAUGUAUGCAAAAGAUGUGCAGGUUUUCGUUCAUGCCAAAGUCUUUUUCAGUAUUGGCGGACGACAGUACAUUGGCGAACCAGUACAAUUUUCUUAUAUGCCAGAUACAAUAUUGGAUCACGCUCGCGACGUGACAAUCAAAUUACAUCAUCGUUUGGGUAAAUAUCUACAAUUGCAUUUAUAUUUUGCGGCACGUUGGCUGAUGUUAAGUGAGAUUACAUUUAUAUCAGGUAAGUGA